AUGCCUCAGGAUGUGGACCCUGACAACGAAGGGGAUGGCUGGGACAUCCCAGUCUAUCAGUAUACGUGUCACGGCAAGCUUGGGGAAGGCUCGUAUGGCGUGGUGAAGUCCUACAGCCACCAGCCCUCGGGUGAACUGGUGGCCAUCAAACGCGUCCCGUUGACAACUUCCAGCACAGUACGUCUUCGAGCGCUGAGAGAGCUACGGUUGUUGUAUCAUUUCGACCAUGAGAACAUCGUCACCCUGCACGAAGUAAUACGCCCACCACAUGACUACAGCGCCUUCGACGCAAUCUACUUGGUCCUCGAACGCAUGCCAAUGAGCUUGUACGAUGUGGUGUACGGGUGCCGGCAGAACGUGCUGCCUGCGCGCCGCUGCCGAAACAUCGCUUAUCAGAUCCUUUGUGGCCUGGAAGCGAUCCAUUCCGUCGGUGUUCUGCAUCGCGAUCUCAAACCGGCGAACGUGCUCGUCGACGGCGAUUGGAAGGCGAAGAUCUGUGACUUCGGUUUGGCGCGCCCCAUCGCUGGUCGCGAUCGGUUGACAGCGUACGUCGCCUCGCGAUACUACCGUGCUCCGGAGAUUGUGCUCACGGCCAGAAGUUACGGUCCCGCCGUGGACAUGUGGUCGGUCGGAUGUAUCCUGGGAGACAUGAUGUUUCGGGACAUCUUGUUUCGAGCGAGCAACUCGGUGAGCCUGUUGCACAGAAUAUUCGAAAAGCUCGGAAAUCCCUCCUGGGAAGACGUACGCGGCAUGGUCGUCGCCACGGGCACCGCAACAGAGGAAGAUCUUCGCCGGGCUCGAGACGUGCACAGCAGUUUAUGGGAGAGUCGAACGCUGCAAGGAAAAGACUGGCGGGAUUGGUUCCCCGCCAGAAAGCAUCCCCCAGCGACCAAGAAAGCACUGUCUUUGCUCUUCCGGCUGUUGACCCUUAACCCUCACCGUCGCAUCGCCGCGUGCGAUGCCCUGAACCAUCCCUACUUCCGGCGCCAGCUUCACCAGACACGUCAGACGGUGGCUGGCCCUGUGGUGCAACAGCCACCUUUGACAGAGAACACCACACAGCGGAAGCAUCCCGAGCACCUCAGACGGCUCAUCUACGACGAGAUCCUGCACCUCCACAAGCCGACGUACGCGGACGUUCAGCACACCGCGGUCAUGAGGAUGCCCAGCGCGAUACGUCGGGAAGAUUCGCCUGCUUGCGAAGGUACGGUUGCACCCACCGACUCACGGCAGCAAGGCAUGCCGGCAGUGCCUGGACGUAGACCGUCUCACGUACGCGUGCACACGCUCCAGGGUGCGACACCUGACCGGCUCUACGACCCCACAACAGCCCAGCAGCGAUGCACUCGUCAGCCACCUGCCAGUGCAGUGGGUGAGAUCGACGGACCGCUCGCAUCCGGGAAUCUCACGUAUGCCGAAAUAAUCGCGGGUGAAAAGAUCCAAGGAAAGAUGGGGGCACACAAAGCACCGACGACCACAAAGCCCUUCCGACCCUCUGCACGACAUGUUCGGUCACCCGAGGAUCAGGCAGACCAGUAG